UGGAGUCGAAGUUGCUCUCAGACCUGGUUGUUCUUUUUUUUUUUUUAAGAUUUAUUUAUUUAUGCAUACAAGAGCUGGGGUACAGGCCAGAGAUGAGGGGGGUGAGUGUGAGGAUUCACCAGAGACAGAGCGGGGAGCAGAACAGGCAGCCCCACCAAACACACUGCUGAGGGGAGCAGCGGGCGAGACAGGAGAGGUCUGCUGCGCUAUGUGGGUUGCUCUCUGGCCGGCAAUCAAACUCGUGCUGCAGAGGCUGCGGACUGCUUCAUAGUGCUGUGCUUAACCCCUAGCGCCACCAGGGAGGCCCGGAACUGGUUAUUCUUUCAUUGCUACUUAUCAGGCCCAGCUUCCCGUCUCAGGGAUGCAGGUGGCAUCAAGUUCCCCUUUUCUGCCCCAUCCCUGCCGCGACCUCGACCUUACUGUCCUUACCUCUUCCCGAGCUCUAGCACCUGUGGGGCCAGGGUAGGUGCUUGACGGAGUCGUCUUGUUUAAUCUGUCCUCAACCCUUUGAAAUCGGUGUUGUGAUUACCUGCAUAUUGUGGGGAGCAGGUAGGGACCUCCGGACCACAGCUUGAGAAGGGGGUGCCAAGACUGAGGCCUAGUCGACUCCCAGGGCUGCACUGACCUCGCAUGACCACUGUGGUUUGUCAAGGAUACUGUGACCGUCUGUAAGAAGUCCAGCAAAAAUCUGCUUCUUUAGCCUUUUAUCUUCUCUGAAAACAUCAUAUAUUCUAGUGGGGCUAUUUAUAGUUCCGGGGGAAAGGAAAAUUAGAGCCCAGGAAUAGGGAGAUGGUCCCACGUGGGCGUGGGCCUCUUGGCCAUCUAGCCCCGCCCCUACACUCACCCCUGUUAGAAUACGGAUGUGGAACUCCCCACUAUGGAAAGAGGCAUAGGAAAGUGAAAACAAAAAAGCCUCUGGCUGCUGAUUAGGAUAAAAUAAUGUGCAUCAUUUGAUGCACAUUUGAAGGGGGUAUACAUAAUAGCUUGAUGACCUUGCCUUCUUUCUUCCUAUAGACCUGGGGAAGAGCAUACUUUCUGAUAAUGGAAGAAACGUGACUGCUAUGGAGUGGGGUAGUAAAGAAGAUCGCUGGGGUCACUGAGGACAGCCACCACACCUGAAAGCCACACGGAAUCCCACUAUUCCAGGAUCAACUGGAGACCCUCCUCUCAGAGACACCCCAAAUUCCGAGACCAUGGCAGAUAAGAAAGUGCUCAUCGUCUACGCCCACCAAGAACCCCGCUCUUUCAAUGGCUCCCUGAAGACAACGGCGGUGGAGGAGCUGAGCAGGCAGGGCUGCGCUGUCACCGUGUCCGACCUAUAUGCCAUGGGCUUUGAGCCGCGCACCAUGAGGCAGGAUAUUGUUGGUGAUCUCUCGAAUCCCAAGCAUUUCAAUUACGGGGUGGAAGUGUAUGAGGCCUUCAAGAAGAGGUCACUGACCAGUGACAUACUCGCCGAACAGAAGAAGGUUCAGGAAGCAGAUCUGGUGAUAUUUCAGUUCCCACUGUACUGGAUGAGCACACCCGCCAUCCUGAAGGGCUGGAUGGACAGGGUGCUGUGCCAGGGCUUCGCCUUCAGGUUCCCCGAUUUCUACUACGACACCGGCUACUUCAAGGACAAGCUAGCCCUCCUCUCGCUGACCACGGGCGGCACGGCCGAGAUGUACAGUAAAUCCGGAGACAUGGGGGAUAUCCGCUACUAUCUGUGGCCUCUCCAGCACGGCAUUCUGCGCUUCUGUGGGUUCAAGGUGCUCGCCCCGCAGAUCAGCUUCGCCCCGGAGUUCGUGUCGCAGGAAGAAAGGAAGCUCAUGGUGGCGUCCUGGGCCCAGAGGCUGAAAAACAUCUGGGAGGAGGAGCCAAUCGACUGCAGUCCCGCCUGUUACUUCGAUCAGUGACGAGGGGCGCCCAGUGCUCGCCCCAGGCCUGGCACGUGGGAAGGGCGGAGGACACCCUUGGCGCCUGAGUUCUGCCCCGCGCCAUCGCCCAUCUCCAGGCCCCCAGGCCUGCUUCCUGCCGUCCUCCUGGCUCCCCACUUCCACCCUUUAGGGCAAUGCUGUUUUCACUUCCUUUUCUCCGGGGGGAGCUGCACUUCUCAGCUUUCUUGUUUCACUUCGUGAGUCAGCCUGCGUCACCAUGCUUUUUCCUGGGAAAUUGAAUCUUUUCACAGCCAGUGUUUGAGGGCUGUGUUUACAGUUAUUUCUCGUGUGCUUUUUUAACUUGCCUGAUGGUUAUGAAGUUUUCUGUGAACAGCCAAAUUAACAUUUAUUUAAAAUCAGUGAAUGGCCAUUACCAAGAAAACUUCCUGGCUGGUCCCACGAGGCACGUGCGCACCUACCGCUGCUAGUAACUGCCUUGAAGCUGACGCCCCUGUCAAUGAGGUGCGGCCCAAAAAGCAAGUUAAGGUGUCCAGUGACAUCACCACGGGGACCAAGCCGCUGCCCUUGGGCAGGGGCUCUUCUUCCUUAAUGUCCCCAGUGCCGCCCACGGCCCCCUUCUCUUCAGACUCAUCACCCAGCUCUUCCCCGGAUCCCGUCCUUAGGCACUGGGCUGGAAUCUCCAUCUUCUAAGAGCUGUGUGCCCACAUCAUCUUUCUUCCUUGUCCUCUGCAUCAGCAGUGUCCAACCCUUUUCCACCUGCAUGUUCUUAGUAUUCCUCAUCAAAUACUUUGUUCGAAUGUUCCUUCUCCCUUUCUGUCUGAAUGUCUGCUCAUUCACAGCCAUCUUCACAUCCUGAUUUUUCAGAGGUAUUUUUUUCUAAGUCUCAACACCGUUUUCUUCUCAGGGGCUGCUCCCCAUUCCUUCUCAGUGUCUCCUCAAAGCCACUGUCUUCACAGUCUCUGUGAGGCUCUCAUCCGAGGCCAUUCUCCACAGCUUGCAGGCGCCAUGCCCUUGAGUAUUAUUUCAAAAGCAUCUUCUUCAAAAUCUCCCCCAUCUUGGGCCUCCCCGGUGGCGCAGCGGUUGAGCGCUGGGUUGCGAAGCUGCCCGCAGCCUCUGCAGCAUCGGUUCGAUCCCUGGCUGCUCCGCGGCCACCAGAGGAGGGUCCCACAUGGCGCGCAGACCUCUCCUGC